AGCAUUCUUAUAAAGACAACCAAGAAGUUUCAACACCACACAUAAUAUAGGGAUAAGAGUAUAUAAUCAUGGGUCUUUUUCAAGAGUUUAAAGCGUUCAUUCAUUCAAUAACCACCGAUGAUCAUUAUGCCUCGUACGAUUCUCGGUACCGUAAUGGUAGUAGUGGCGGGGCACCAGGCUUAUCGCGUGGGGACAGUGGAUUGGUUAACAAUGGAUCAACUUCUAGAUUGAACGAAAUCAGUCGAUUGAAUGGAUCUGGCCAUUCGUUUGAACAAGCGGCUGCUGCGGCUAAGAUUGGAUAUCGUCCUGGAUUAAGACUGCAACAGGAUUUGCCCUUGCAGACCUUUGACGAAAACGGUCAACCUCCUUUACCUUCUAUUGAUUCCCUCUGGGAUAGAAUUGAAAGAUGGAUGGAAGAAGAAUAUCCUGAAUUGGAAGAUAGUUUGAAUGAUGGUGUCACCACUACGGAUUUGAAUGAAUUUGAGAAUGAUUUAGGAUGUGGGAACUUGCCGGAAGAUUUUAGACAAUUCUACAAGAGACACGAUGGACAAUUAAGAGGUGGUAGACCAACUGGAUUAUUUAUGGGAUUGGCAUUAUUGGAUUUGGAAGGAAUUAUUGAAGAAAACGCAAUAUGGUUAAAAGUCGCCGAAAGGUUAGAAAGACAACAAUAUAUGGUUCAACAUCAACAAAAGGAAGGAACUUCUUCAACUGCAUCAUCUAGAGGUUCUUCUGUGAAUAACUCAUUUAUCGGUAACCAAAGAUCUAUUCCCCCAAAUUCUAUUCAGCCAUUUUACUAUCAAAAGGGGUGGAUUACAUUAAUGAAGGACCACAUCGGAAAUCAAAUUGCUUUGGAUUUAGCACCAGGUCCACAAGGUAAAUGGGGACAAAUAAUUAUAUUUGGACGUGAUUUCGAUACGAAAUUAGUCAUUGCUAAUUCCUUAACUGAAUUUAUAUUUAAUUUCGUCACAGAUUUAGAACAAGGUAACUAUCAAAUUGAUUCCAGUGUUGUUCAAGAAGAAUUAGGAUAUUUAGGAAGAGAAAGAAACGAUGAUUAUAUGAUUGGUGAUGAAGACGAAGAUGAAGGCGAAUUAUUCUUCUAUGAUCGUGAUAAUAAAGAGUUUGGUAAAGGUGCAAGAGGUAAAUUAAGUUAUAUUGAAGUAUUCAAGAGACGAACUUUAAAGAAAUACGGAUUAACUGAAAAUUUUUCAACUCAAUUUACUCCACAAGUUAAACCUACUGCUUCUGCUGCUCCUAAAUCGGGUACUAGUUCUCCAUUAUUAAACCAAUCAAGAAACAGUUCUGCUUCUAACUUGAAGCCAGGAUCAACCAAACCUGCUACUUCAAGCCCACUAGUUAAUUCUGGACAAUUUUCAGUACCCAAGGAAACCAUUAUAGACGAUAAGACUACUGCAAAACUGACCCCAGAAAUUAUGGUUGACGAUACUGACAAGACGCCAGAACCGGAAAUUGAGGAAUCCAAGCCAGAAGAAGUAGUAAAAUCAAAGGAAGAAUCAAAAGAAGACUUAAAGGAAGAACUAAAGGAAGAAGAUCAGGAUGUUAACAACUUGGUUUAAACCAAAUAGGAGAAUAUAAUAGAAAUAAUACCUAAAUGAGAUUAGACUUUAUAGUUUAUAUGUU